AUGCAGGACAGCACAGCUGAAACUGUCGCAGCGACUUUCCUCCAGACGUGGAUUGCCCGAUUCGGCGUGCCAGAAGAAAUCGUCACCGACCGGGGCCCGCAAUUUGAAAGCCGACUUUUCACUGCCUUCACCACCCUUCUCGGCACGAAGCGUUUGCGCACGACCGCUUACCAUCCGGCAUGUAACGGCCUGGUAGAAAGAUUCCACCGGCACCUCAAGCAGGCACUUAUGGCCCAUUUGGACGGUUCCCGCUGGAACGAGCACUUGCCAUUGGUGCUCCUCGGAAUCAGAGCUGCUGUGAAGCACGACCUCGGCUGCUCGUCAGCAGAGCUUGUGUACGGCGCGUCCAUCUGGCUUCCUGCCGAUAUUUUCGACCAUCGGCCAUCUUCGCAACCACCACCCCUAGCCCCUUCAGACUACGCCCAACGCAUGAAGGGUGCUCUCUCCCGUCUGUGCCCAACACCUACGACAGCUGUUUGCUCCUCUUCCCCGUAUACGUCGCCCAGGACCUCACCAGCUCCGCCCACGAAUUCCUGCGCACCGACUCUACCCGGCGCUCUCUCCAGCCCCCAUACUCCGGCCCCCACAAGGUCAUCUGCCGGGGUGCAAAAGCCUUUGCCAUCGACGUCAACGGUCGCGCGGUAG